GGGCGGUGCGGGGUUCCGGGGCGGGAAGGCCAAGGCGCCCGCCCUCCCCGCCGGGGCUUACCUGGGCCAGCCCCGAGCCUCGAGCAGGACGAAUCGGCCGCUACCUGCUUAAAGCUGGGGCCGCCCAGGAAUGCGAUCGCCUGCGGAUCUGCAGCUGGGCACCCGCCGCAGCGCCCGCUCCGCCGACGGCAGGGACUGAAGGAACUCGUGAACGUUCGCAGACGUGUCUCGGUGGCGCCCAGCACGGAGGAGGCAGGCAGGGAGGGAAUAAAGGCUCAGGGACCAGCAGUUCUGCCCUGGAGCCCACCAGCCUCUCAGAGCCUCCAGUGACUGGCCUGUCUCCCCCCCAGGAUGGACAUGUGCACGGCGCUGCUCUUCCUGCAAGCCUUGUUGCUACCCUCCCUGGCUGAUGGUGCCACCCCUGCCCUGCGCUUUGUAGCCGUGGGCGACUGGGGAGGGGUCCCCAAUGCCCCAUUCCACACGGCCCGGGAAAUGGCCAAUGCCAAGGAGAUCGCUCGGACCGUGCAGAUCCUGGGUGCAGACUUCAUCCUGUCUCUAGGGGACAAUUUUUACUUCACUGGUGUACAAGGCGUCAAUGACAAGAGGUUCCAGGAGACCUUUGAGGACGUAUUCUCUGACCGCUCCCUUCGCAACGUGCCCUGGUACGUGCUGGCUGGAAACCACGACCACCUCGGCAACGUCUCUGCCCAGAUUGCCUACUCUAAGAUCUCCAAGCGCUGGAACUUCCCCAGCCCUUUCUACCGCCUGCGCUUCAAGAUCCCACGGACCAAUGUGUCUGUGGCCAUUUUUAUGCUGGACACAGUGACACUAUGUGGCAACUCAGAUGACUUCCUCAGUCAGCAGCCUGAGAGGCCCCGAGACGUGAAGCUGGCCCGCACACAGCUGUCCUGGCUCAAGAAACAGCUGGCGGCGGCCAGGGAGGACUACCUGCUGGUGGCCGGCCAUUACCCUGUGUGGUCCAUAGCCGAGCACGGGCCUACCCACUGCCUGGUCAAGCAGCUACGGCCACUGCUGGCCACAUACAGGGUCACCGCCUACCUGUGCGGCCACGAUCACAAUCUGCAGUACCUGCAAGAUGAGAACGGCGUGGGCUAUGUGCUGAGUGGGGCUGGGAAUUUCAUGGACCCCUCGAAGCGGCACCAGCGCAAGGUCCCCAACGGCUAUCUGCGCUUCCACUAUGGGGCUGAAGACUCACUGGGUGGCUUUGCCUAUGUGGAGAUCAGCUCCAAAGAGAUGACUGUCACUUACAUCGAAGCCUCGGGCAAGUCCCUCUUUAAGACCAGCCUACCGAGGCGAGCCAGGCCCUGAACUCCCAUGACUGCCCAGCUCUGAGGCCCAAUCCCCACUGUUGGUGGGUGGGCCCUGCCGGGACCCUACUCACAGGCAGGCUUUUUCUCCAACCUGUGGCGCUGCAGCAGGGCAGGAAGGGGAAGCACAGCUGGUGAACUGUGGUGCCACGUGACCCUUGUGGCACAGAUACCCACGUAUGUGAAACAGACAUGGACACGUGUCCCAGCCACAGCGUUACGCUCUGUGGCUGGCUCACCUUUGCUGAGUUCCGGGGUGCAGUGGGGGAGUAAAGGAAAGCUUCCUCCUAAAUCAAGCAUUUUUCUGUCACUGAUGUUCAAUAAAAGAAUAGUUGCCAAGGCUGAA